CAUUCCUUGCGCGUCCCUGACAUGAGUUGUGUGGGGGAUCGGUUUUGGUGUAGUAUGUGUCGUCUGGUGCUUGCAUUUGUAAAUACCAUGUAACGAACGGCUCAGUGACUUUGUGUGUUUUAUUUUGAGUUUGUGUUCAACCUCUGUGAGGCUGUUAUUUUCAACAUGAAGAAACAAAUUUUACGAGUGAAGCAAUUGGCGGAUCAGACAUUACUCCGGGCAGACAAGAGUGAGGUUCUGACAGAGGACUUGGUCGUGGCCGAGAAGCGAGUGGACGCCAUCAAGCAGACGUGCACGUGCGCGCAGAAGAGGAUAUCCUCCUGCUUGCAUAACGUCUCACUCGAAGACGCCAGCAAUGAGAAACUUCAGAAAAAGGUGCCAGAGUUGGCCAUGUUCCACAGCUUACAAGAAUGCCAUAAAAUCCUCGGGAACAGCAAUCUUCUUGGGUGUACACUAAGUGAAUGUGCCAACCUGCAGGGCAAGUUGGGCCAGGAACUGUUGAACUACGAGAAGGAGACAGAUCGGCAGAUCUUGCAGCCCAUCACCCAGCUUUUAGAAAAUGAACUCCCCAACAUUUCCAAACUGCGGCGGCAGUUGUCAAAGCUGACACUGGACAUGGACUCUGCUAAGAACAGGUACCAGCAAGCCCUGAAGCACAUGCAACAAGCGGGCAACGCAUCAGGAAGCAGCGGAGGGGCAAAGACUGACAACCUGAAAGAAGAGGCAGAGGACACCACAGCUAAGGUGGAGCAGUGUCGGGACGCCCUGGCAUCAGAGAUGUUGACGCUUAUUAGCCGGGAGCCUGAGUUUGCCCACCUUCUGUGCCAGUGGUACCAGCUGCAGGCAGACUACCACCGCAGGGCACUCGCGGAGUUGGAUGCCACCUUGCCUGCCAUCUGGAAGCUUAUUGGCGAUUCCCCUCAGAAGCCAGUGUUUGGGUACCCGCUGGAGGAGCAUUUGCGAGUGACAGAUCGAAAGAUCGCUCUGGUCAUCGAAAAGUGCGCCUGCUGCCUUCUUACAUACGGCAUGGACGAGGAGGGUCUAUUCAGGAUCACUGGUAGUGCAUCAAAAAUCAAGAAGCUUAAGAGUGCCUUCAAUGCUGGGGUCGUGGACAUGACAGAAUCUGAGCGCGACCCACAUACCGUUGCAAGCACACUAAAAUUGUACCUGCGGGAGCUGCCAGAACCCCUGAUGACAUUCUCGCUGUAUGAAGAAUGGAUGAAAGCGACAAGCGUGGCGGACCCAAAUGCGAGGCUGCAGGCCCUGUGGCAAGUGGUGAAAAGCCUGCCAGAACCCAACCACGACAACCUGAGGUACGUCGUGAAGUUCCUGGCCAAGCUGGCAACCAACAGCGAGCGCAACAAGAUGACGUCGCAGAACAUUGCCAUCGUCAUCGCCCCCAACCUUGUGUGGGCCCGUGAGGAAAACCAGUCACUCCUCAUGGGGGUGAACAUGGGAAUAGCCAACAUCCACAGCUCCAUAGUCGAUACCUUGGUGAACUACGCCGACUGGUUCUUUCCAGGGGAUGAGGAGUUUGUCAGCAGUCCACCAUCAAGUGCUAGAGGGUUCGGAGACCCUGGGGCGUCGAGCUCGGAUCACAGCUUCGAGACCACAAACGGUGACAUGGACGACUCCUUCACAGGCUCCUCAAGCCCUCCAGGACAAAGCCCACGUGCAUUUCACAGAUCUGGCAAGAAGCCCGCUCCCCCUGCUCCCGCUGGAGGAGGAGGAGGAGGACAACCGCUCAUGCAACCGAGAGAUCGUUCCUCUUUUGUACUGACGUCCCACAUGGAAGCGAAGCUGCCUCCCGUCUCACCAGCUCCACGGCAGAACACCGGCGGGACGCUGGAACGACGCAGGCCCGUCCCACUCGCACGGCAGGUAAACAGUGAAGUGUCAAAACCCGAGGUGGCUGAGAAACCCACGCAGCUUCUGCACCGGAGAUCUCAGGAGAACAUCACUGAGACUUGCAACACGCACUCCCUAGAACGACGGCCGCUACGGCCGCCUCCACCAAAGACUGCCAAGCCAACGGGUCACGUUGUGGAGCGUCCCAGCGUUCCGCCUCCAGAGAGACCCAAAUCGGACCCCCACAAACCAACACCGGAGCCUAGGCCGCGGUCAGAGACGCUAACGUCCAGCGUAGUUGAAACAAGCCCUGUUGGGAAACUCCAGGCAUCUCUCAAAAAGGACGAAGGUAGCAGCCCCCUGUCCUCCACGGAACUUCUCUCGUUCGCGGACGACUCCGACACGGAAGAGGAACUGCCCAGGAGCCGGACGUCCCUGACGAACGGGGACCCGGAUGAAGAGAGGAACGAGUGCGCGGCGGACAAUCUGGUGGACAUCGUGGGAGCGCACCUCGCGGAGCAGGACGACGUGGUGCUACGACGCAGCUUGCGCGAGAAGGCGCGGUGGGACUUCCUGACAGCGUCGGACAGCGAGCACCCUCCAGAGAGGCCUCCGCGCACGAGUCCGUCAGAGGGCCUGGAACAGCACGGCGGGGACGAGGAAGCGGAGGAGGCGAGGAGGGAGACGCCGUCGCCGAACAUCAACACGAGCGGUCCGCCGCCAGACUUGAUAGCUUCGUCGGAGGCGAAGGCCGUCGCUCACGUUGAUGAGGUGAUCGAGUCUGAGGAACAGAAAAAAGUGGUGGUUGUGUCCGGCGUCGCGUUAGGAGAGGCGCGUUCUUCGGUUGCGGCGGAAGAGACGAGGUUGUAGCAAUAACGUUUUUAUUUUAUUUUUUUGUUACGACGAACAGGUUCCUUUAGUAAAAAAUGUUUGUUUCUUUUUUGGCGAUGAAACUGUUGUAUGUAAAUUAAGUGAAGUUCGAGGAAGGAGGACGAGGUGUCUGUACGAGGUGCCCUCUUGUCUUCCAUGAAGUCCCGUCUGAGAUAUUUCUUUUCACUUUUAUAUAUAUGUAUUUUUUUUUUUCAUUCUGUUAAUUUUGAAAGUAUCCUCCGAACCGAUUGGAAUGCUCGGUGCUUCUGCUUGAAUUGUGACGACCACACUCAGAGAGUACAAACAUCCUCUUCCACCAAAAAAAGGAAAGCAGACGUGACAAGUUGUGUCGUGAGAUUUCGCCACCACCUUUCAAUGCACGGACCAAGCUACCGAGCUCAACUCGCUGUUUUCUAUUAUCGUGUUGAGUUUCCGCGGUGCUUCAGUUGGAAUGUCUGCUGCUGCUCUCUCAAACGGGAUCAAUUGAUAGGAGAUUUCUUGUCCACUUACCAGAGUUGGCUUGCAUGCCAUAUUGGCAGUAAAUUAGUUAUCGAGAAGGGGGAACCCAUCUGCUGAAAUGGCAUGUCCGUUUUGUUGCUACGUCUGUUUCUCUGGCAUGUGCAUGUUACAACCUUUUUUGCAAAGGUGAGCACAUCUGUUUGAACUCUCCAGCUAUAACCUUCGCAAUAACUUGCACCAAUCACUUUUGUAUCGUUGCCACUGUUAAUGGAGUUAACAUAAAAGAAUCCAAAGUUAUGGGAACGUUGUACAUAUCCACCUCCCCCGUUUGUUGUCAGUAUUGUUAGAAUGUUGGAUCGUUAUUGGUAGGGAGCAGAAUUUUGUAAACUGUUUCGUGGGAGGUAUUGAGCGGGGUUCCACGUGUAAAAUAUUGUAGUUGCGUUGCCCCUACAAGGCAUAAUAGUAGAGUGCAGAGAUGACGUCUGUGAGUGUACCAAACGUGUCCUGUGUGUGUGUGUGUGUUCCCUUGCAGUCUUGUUCGGUGUAGGUACAUCAGGAGUUUGAGAUUGUGAACAGCUUAGCACUCUUGUUGAAUAUAUGGUUCAGUAGGGGCUGCUUAUGAUUGUGCACAAGGACAGAACAAAGGGUUAGAGGCAGAAGCAAGGGUCAGAGGAGGCAGAAAUUGCCGAGCGGAGUUGGUGUCCUUCCUUAACCCGACCUGACCCAACCUAACCUAAGCAUGCCCAUAUUAGUGUACUAUGCCGACCCCUUGCACUAAAUUUUUUUUUUCUGAGUCAAGCUGAUGCAGUUUCUCGUCUUCUCCAUCGUUAAACGAUUUGUCCAAUGAUCGCGGAGGUUGUUUGAGGAAGCCAAUCCGAGGCCCCUUCACAUUGUUGAACCUUUUUGAGGAGGGGGUGAAGGAGGAAGAGCUUAAAUUGUGCUCGUUUUGUGGUGUGAAAGUAACCGCAUUGUUCAUUAUGCGAGGAAAAAUUCCAAAGUUUCCAAAUUCAAAAAUACUGUAUGCACAUAUGCAACUCCCUUCUCAUUUCUGCUGAAAAUGAUGGCAUAUACAUAGUAUGUUGUAUACCUAUAUUUUGGCUGACUUUUGUUGGCCUUACGAGAAUCCUAGAAGGACAAAGAUGGACGUCUGAGGCCACAAGUAUUACUUCUGCCCAUCAAACGGUCAACUCUGUAAACAUUUCGAGUGAUGAUAUGUGCACAUAUGCAGUCAAUUUUUUUAGUCUGCUUUUUUUUUUUUUUCAACGUUGCAGUUUUGAUAGAUUGGAAAGAUGAGACGAGGAGAGGUUAUUUACUGUUUCUGUCAUCAAUUUGUUUUCCCUGUUUCAUAAUGACAUCCAUGCACCGAUAGGCCUCCCUUGGUUUGAGAGAUGCGGCAAGGUGGCCAGAGUAGUGUUUCUUUUGUGUGUGUGGUUCCCCCAAAAGGUUGGAAUUAAAUUUUGAGGUUGCAAUUCCAUUAUAAUAUUUGCCUGGUUAAAUGUUUCCUGCUCUGGAGAUGUUGAGAUGUACUGUUCUGCUACCGAGCACCUAUAUCCUUGUAGAGAGCAUUGCUGAAUACCUGGCAUUGGCGUUCGAAGCUUGAUUCUCACAAAGGUGCCCACGGCCUCAGUUGUGUAUUGGCCCUGCCAUCGGCAUGUGCUGCGGGUGCUGCCGUAAAGCUGUGGUACAUCUGGAAACUUCUUUUUUUUUGCAAAAGGUGCAUAUUUUCUUAGCAAGCUUUUGUUUGUUCAUUUAGGAACAGACUACUCAGAGUGACUGUACUGUGUUGAGCUUUUGCCCUUUAUAUAUAUAUAUAUUUUUUAAGGAACAUUUUUCUUUGUCUUCAAGUCAAAGUACAGUUGUCCCCUUCAAAGACCUUUUGUAAUAUUGCUCCGGUAUUGAAAUGGUGUUUUUGUUUUGUUUUCUUUCUUUCCGUGCUAGUCAUAACAAGGAUGACGUUAUGUGAUUUUUGAAGAAUGCUGCCGAAUUGUGAUUGAGAUUGCAACUUUUUUUUGGUGUCCUCCAGAAUAGCGCUUUUAGUUCCUUCUUAAGGAAUGACGUCACCCUCGAUAGAGCUGGGUGCCGGCUUUAAUAGGAAUGUGCGAAUAACCACCAUGGUAAAUACUGUAAAUUACAGUGUUAAUAAAAGUAAAUUUCAAUGUU